AUGUCAGCAUCACCAGCCAGCUCAUCCCCGCAGCGGGUUAAACACAGUGGCUCCCCCACAGCCACCUCUUCCUGUAGCAGCAACAACACCGCGCCGGGAGCAACACAGGACCGACGACGUCCCGUUGCUCCAGUCCCGCCAACCCGGGUGGAAGCGGCUCUGACAGCAGGCUGGUCCCCAGGCAGAGACUUUCACCGCCGGACAGCAGGAGCUCACCAGAACGCUCUCCCCACUCGCCUGUUUCCAAAGUUGAAAGGACAAAAUCCCAGCUUGGGGGCCAUUUGGCGGACUCCCUCCCAGGGCACUAUUACUGGACCCUACCUCACUGGGCAGUGGCCUCGUCACACACAUGUGCACUACCCAUCUUGUAUGAAAGAUAAAUCCACACAGACUCCUGGAUGUUGGAGUGAGGAAACGAGAGAGAAGAGGAGCACCCACCAGCGCUCUGCGUCCUGGGGCAGCGCCGACCAGCUCAAAGAGAUUGCGAAGCUCCGGCAUCAGCUCCAUCGCAGUAAACAAGGGGGACGCCACAGUAAAGACGAGGAGCGACUGUCCCCCCUGCAGUGCAACACCAUCACCUACACCGCCCUCACCAGCACUACCAACCACACCUCCACAGCCAGCCACGUUCAGCAGUUUUCCAUGUCGAAGUCCGCCCAGAUGCCGCUGUCCAACAUCACAGUGCCAAAGCCUUCCAUCUCCAGGGUGCCCAGCAGCAUGGAGGGCAUCAACCACGAGCUGGAGAAGGUCUUCAUCAAAGACAACGGGGAGAAGGAGGAGCUCAAGUCCCUGGAGGUUCCCGAUGGGCGGCGGGCACCCUUCCCUCCCCAGCAGCGCAGCAGCAGCACCCGCAGUGUGGACACCCAGACUCCCUCAGCCCCCGGGCGGUCCAGCAGCUGCUCCAGCCUGUCGCCCUGCCCCUCGCCGGCCUGCCCGCCAGGAUCACACGACGGCAGUCCUUACUCCACAGAGGAUCUACUGUACGACCGGGAUAAAGACAGUGGAAGCAGCUCGCCGCUGCCCAAGUUCGCCUCCUCGCCCAAACCCAACAACAGCUACAUGUUCAAGCGCGAGCCGCCGGAGGGCUGUGAGAAGAUUAAAGCUUUCGAGGAGAUGAGCUCAAGGCAGUCCACAUCGGCGUCGGUCCCCCUCUUCUCCUGCCCCGACAAAAACAAAGUCAACUUCAUCCCGACGGGCUCGGCGUUCUGCCCCGUCAAACUGCCCGGCUCCCUGCACCUCAUCCCGGCGUCGGAGCCCGAGGAGGACGAGGACAACGCGGAGGCGGCCUCUGGCUCGGACGCCCAGGGGGCCACGUCGCACUACGGGGCCUCCACUCAGGUCACGGCGAGCACCAGCACAGACGACCCCCCGGAGCCACCCGGCUGGCCCUCAGAGACUGCAGAGCCCCAGACAGACAGCCCGGCCACCAGCUAGACCUGAGCAGAGCUGGCCUCUGACUCCGGGGAUCCACACUUGCGACCGCCAACCAUCACCACUGACUGUCCCACCAACACCUCCCUCUGCUCGGCCAGGGGGAGCCUCCGUCUCUCUGUGCUGACCCCCUCCACCCCCCCCUUCUAUCUCUGCAUGACGUAGCAACAAUGUUCCGAAUAACCACCGCCGCCGCCACAAAGACUCGCCACCUUAAUGUUCUGUCCUGCGUAACGUCUGAGCUGGUGCUGGCAGGGAUAGCCGCCGAUGGUUCCAGGUUAUCAUAUGCAGGCAUCGAAGGGAAGAUAGGGAGCGCGAUGGAUGGGGGGAGGGGCAUGCAUUUUAAACUGGUAGUAUAUUUCUGAUUAAAUUAUGUGUUGUGUUCUGUUUCAACAUUCACAGUAUGAA